AUGAAAGGACCAAUCUUGGAUUGGAAAAACUACAGAAAACUUCACAAAUGUUUCCUAGAAUGGAAAAAGGAGGUAUCCAUUUUAUGCAGAGGUCUUGUAAUGACCAAAGCAGACCCGGAGUUUGUUUGUCUAUGCAUUUAUCAGUGGUCAGGUGAACGCAGACAAAAUAUUUUGGACAAGGCAACAAUUUCAUCCAAUGAUCACAAGAAAUGGGAGAUACAUCUUGGAGAGGUGGAGGAGCAAUGCAAACCCAGAGGGAACAAACUAGUCGUGGCUACACAGUACAAAGCGCUGACUCAAGGUGAUAUGGAACUACCAGAAAACAUCAAAAAGUGCAGGCAAAUCACUGAUGCAUGUGGAUGGCCAGAAGACACGAAGGACAUGGCUCUCAGGAACACUAUUCUCCUCGGUCUAAAGAAUCCAGAAGUUUAUCAAAAGUGUUUGGAAAAAGUCCAGGACUCCCUCACCACCGAACGAGUGAUCAAAGUUCCAACUCUCCUGUACAACAGCAAUUGUCAAAGAUCAAUUAUGCAUACUGUCAGUACAGCAACCGCAGCAGUAACAGCAAUACAACAAGGAUCAACACAGAUUCACAAAGUGCAAACAAAGCAUCAAAAGGGCAGGAAAUCAACAGAGUGGUCAAAUAGAAACAAGAUGUCUAAAGAUAAAGAGCAUAGUGAGACAAAGAGACAAAGUUGUUUUUCUUGUGGCGCAAAGCCUGCUCACCCCAGAUUGCAGUGUCCGGCCAAGGAUGUUACUUGUCACAAGAGUGGAAAGAAGGGACAUCACAAAAAGUGCUGCAAGAGCAAAACAGGUAAACGAGGUACGACCAGUGAACCUAGGCAGGUUCAAGUACAUGGUUUACAAGUACUGCUGACAGGAGCCAAUGCCAAUCAGACUUCAGUUCAUGAUCCUGCACAGGACUACCACACGAUGUUUGGUCCACAUGUACCAUAG